AUGGGAUUCCGACUGCCAAAGCUUCAAAGACCACACCUCAAGGUUGAACAACCCAAGUCGGCCUUUGCGGAAGGCAAUGAGAGAUGGACCAAUAAAGAUCUCGAUCCUGUUCCACCAGCCGGAAGGAAAUGGGGUGUUACUUCAUUCAUCAGCUACUGGAUUUCUGAUGCCUUCAAUGCAGCAACUUGGCAAUUCGCAGCCGGUAUCAUUGCCGUCGGCUUGACCUGGCGUGAGAGUUUGGGAAUAGUCGCACUAAGCUUCUUCAUCAUAUCGUUUGUGAUUGCGUUCAACGGCGCCAUUGGGGUUCUUCACCAUGUGCCGUUCCCUGUGAUUGCCAGGGCAAGCUGGGGAUUUUGGGGCUCGUACGUCGCCAUCAUUUCCCGAGCCAUUCUUGCGAUUUUUUGGUUCGCAAUCCAGACAAUGAAUGGUGCCAACACAGUACGCGUUAUGCUCGGCGCAAUCUGGCCAUCUUUUUUGACCCUUCCAAAUCACAUACCGGAGUCACAGGGUAUCGAUGAUGCAACGAUGAUUUCGUUUUUCUUAUUCUGGCUCGGUCAAUUGCCAUUCCUAUUCAUGCACCCCAACCAAUUGCGAUACCUUUUCAUGGCCAAAUCUAUCAUUGUUCCUGCAGCAUGGUUGGCAAUCAUGAUUUGGGCCCUCGCCUCGUCGAAAGGAGGUCACAUCUUCGAGCAGAGUCCCACAGUUUCUGGAUCAGCUUAUAGUUGGGGAUUUCUAUCCUCGAUGACCUCGGUCAUAGGCAAUUAUGCAACGCUGUCCGUGAACCAGGCAGACUUUUCCAGGUAUUCUCGAGUCUCUGUGAAGUGGCAAUGUGUAUACGUACCUAUGUUGCCAAUCUUCUUCACCUUCAUCGCCUUCAUCGGUAUUGCAGCAUCAUCAGCGGGCGAUUAUCACUAUGGUAUUCUUGAAUGGGAUCCUAUGGCUCUCGUUGGUCAUUGGGACAAUCGUGCAGCACGAUUCUUUGCAGCAUUCUCCUUUGCCCUGGCUGCUCUAGGGGUAAACAUCAGUGCCAAUAGUUUGUCUGCGGCAAAUGAUCUGAUGGCACUUGCUCCUCAAUAUAUAAACAUCAGGAGGGGUCAGUUACUAUGUGCGAUUGUCUGCUGGGCACUUGUCCCUUGGAAGAUAUUGAAAUCAGCAGGAAACUUUCUGAAUUUCAUGGCGGCAUAUGCGAUCUUCCUUGGACCAAUCGCCGGAAUAAUGCUAUUUGAUUUCUGGGUGGUUCACAAACGAAGAUAUGACACACUUGCACUAUAUAAUCCGGACGGUAUAUAUCGUUAUACUUACGGAGUCAAUUGGCGGGCAAUAGUGGCAUUCCUCUGUGGAGUCGCCCCAAGUUUGCCCGGGUUCAUUAACGGCAUCAACAAUAACGUUGACGUCGGUGUUGGCAUUCACCCUUACCAGUUUGGUUGGCUCCUUGGUUUUGUGGGAACGUCACUGGUUUAUACAGUCCUAUCAUUCACCUUUCCAGCCAGGGAGACAUUUAUUGAAGCGGCCCUCCGGCCUGAUGAGGUGUUCGCUCAGCAAGGUGAGGUUCCAGGCUCAGGCGACGAGACUGGAAGUGGAGAGGUGGACGUGGUUGACAACGAGAAGAGAGGAUUAAGGCAGCGCAUGGAGAAGUUUUUGUAG